AUGACAGCAACAUACUGCCACAGCAAGGAAUCUGUCACGUGUACAAGCUCCGCCCAGGAGGUGCCGUUCAGGAGCAAGCCAUCCUGUGUGGCGCACAUAGAGGCGACCUCGUUUGAGGAAGAAACUACCUCCACUAGGGAACACAGCCACGGAGCUUGUGCGUCUGUACCGAAGCCUCGUAGAGGCAAGAAGGAAGCGACACCAGUGCCCACGCGGAAACGGGCAAAGCAGCUGGUGCGCCUCCUGGAACGGGGCAGCAAAAGUUACCGCCCCACAAAUCGGCGAGGGGAGAUCCCCUACAGGCGGGUUGGACUUCAGCCCAGCCGACGGCUGGGGGACAGCCCGGGGGGGCUCUUGCCGGCUUACCUGGACUCUUUACCAAUCCUCCAUUUAGUUUUUCACCUGUCCCUGUCACUGUGUGUCCCCAUCACGCUGUCUGUAUCAGUCACUUUGUCCCCCUUUAUGAACUGAGCCAAUCUCAGAAGUGUGAAGAUGAUCAGAACCAAUGGGUCAUUAUUUUUCAAUGUCACCUCAACAGUGAUCCCACCAGUCACUACUAAUGUGUCUUCACCAUAUCGCGAACCAUAUCUACAUAGAUUGGCACAUCUGGAUGAGGGACUCUAUAAUGACUUCUACAGCCUGUGGAUUACUCUGAUGGUCAUUAACACUUUGAUCUUUAUGGUAGGAAUGGCUCUCAACAGCCUGGCCUUGUAUGUCUUCUGUUUCCGUACAAAACCCAAGACGACGUCAAUUAUUUAUACCAUUAACCUGGCAGUCACAGAUCUGCUUGUUAACCUGUCACUUCCUACCCGCAUUAUAUUGUAUUACAGCGGGGGCAAGUGCCUUAAUUGCUCUUACAUCCAUAUAUUUAGCUACUUUGUCAACAUGUACUGCAGUAUCCUCUUCCUCACAAGCAUCUGCGUGGACCGUUAUCUGGCCAUAGUACAACUGGAGGCCUCCCGGAAGUGGCGCGACCCCAACGUGGCUAAGUUGGUGUCUGUCUGCAUCUGGCUGUUUGCCAUCAUCGUCACGUACUCGUUCCUGACCACAGCCUUCAAGCACUCUGCCUGCUGUGUGUCCAAGCUCUUCGCCCUGACCGUAUUCGAGUUCUUCGUGCCCCUGGUUAUCAUCGUGGUGUUCACAGUCCGGGUCAUGUGUGCACUGUCCAAUGCCGGCCUCAUGCAGCAGAGCAGGGAGAGGCGAAUGAAGGCCGUGCAGCUUCUCACUACUGUGCUGGUGAUCUUCACCAUCUGCUUCACGCCGUUUCAUGUCCGUCAAGUCCUGGUCUACUUCCGCCCAGACCUGCCACAUCAAGUACUCAUCUACCACGUGACGGUCACCCUUAGCAGUCUCAACAGCUGCCUGGAUCCUGUGGUCUACUGUUUUGUCACCACCAACUUCCAGUCUACCAUGAAGAGGUUCUUCCGGAAGGCAGACGCCGAGCAGACCAGUGGGGACAUCAUUAGCAUGCAGAAAAGCUCUAAAGGCUCUGGCACCGUUUUCGCUAUUGCCAACACUGUGAUGAUGAUGAACAUGAAUUCUUCCCAACAGGGGGGCCUUCCAGAAUGAGUGUGUCUAGGUUAUGGACUGCAUUGUCACCAGGUGGAAAAGUGGUCCAUUAGAUAAACCUACUGAAGGAAUAUUUGUUCUUACAUUUUUUGUUAUUUGACCUUGCUGUACUGCUAUGAUUUUAUUAUCAAAUUUGGUUACGUCUAAAUGGGGAAGGAUUAAAUAUUGCCAUGUUGA